AUGCGAGGGACGGCGAGGAAGGGAGUGUUGCUGGUUGUGUUUGGCGCGGUGCCGUCGGGUGCGGCGGGUGAGACGUUCAGUUGCGUGCGGAAGGUGGUGCGAGCGGUGUGUGGCCACUGGAGGAACGGAACGCGCCAAGUCGGUGACUUCGCUGGAGGCGGGGGCGGAGGAUCGGGCGACGGCCACGAGAGCAAGUUACGGUCGCCGUUGCCGUCUCCCAGCCAGCGAGACGCGGCCAACGGCGCUGCCGGCGGCGCCACCAGCUCCGAGGACGAAGGCGACGACGACUCCCAGGACUCCAGCCACCGCGAGGGCGCGCUCAACCUCGUGACGGAGGUCGCGCAGCGGCACACGGCAGGGCUCGCGGCGACGCCCGGCGGCGGCAGUGCCGGCGGCGGCUCCCCGAGCUCGGGCGUGAGCAGCCAGGUGACGUCGAGCGGCGGCGGAGGCGGAGGCGGCAGCGCGACGGGAGGCGGCUCCGUGCCAGGCUCAGGGUCCGCGCCCGCGGGCGCACCCUCGGCCGCCAGCAUGCAGGCGGCGCUGCUCUCGCUCAACCAG